UAUCCGGUGUAAAAAAAAGAGAGAGAGAGUUUCGUGUUUUACUCAGAUUCUUCUUUCUCUAUCUUCUUCUACUGAUUUUGAGAAAUAAUAAAAGAGAGAAAAAAAUCCUUUGAAGGGAAUGCAGAGAGAUGGUCGGAGUUUCGCCGGUGAAGACUAAGCUGUGCGAUCGGUUUAACCGAUCUGUCGGCGGCAGGAAUUGCCACCGGAAACACGUCGAGGACGGGUGAUCCAAUUUUAAAGCUCUCGAAUUCCCAGAAGAUCGAAACCGUAGAAAUCUUUUUUUUUUCCAUUUCUUUUUUCAAAAUUUUCGUUGUAAAAAAAAAAACUAUAGUCGGAUCAAAGCCGGAGAAAAUGGUGGAGAACGGAUCUGACGGUGGAAUAACUACGGGGCUACUUCACGGCCGUUACGAGCUAGGCCGGCUUCUAGGUCACGGAACAUUCGCGAAGGUGUACCACGCUCGUAACGUAACGACGGGGAAAAGCGUGGCGAUGAAAGUCGUCGGGAAAGAGAAAGUGGUCAAAGUUGGGAUGGUGGAGCAAAUCAAGCGAGAGAUCUCAGUGAUGAGGAUGGUGAAACAUCCAAACAUCGUCGAGCUUCACGAAGUAAUGGCGAGCAAAUCCAAGAUCUAUUUCGCGAUGGAGCUCGUACGUGGCGGCGAGUUAUUCGCCAAGGUCGCUAAAGGAAGGCUACGCGAGGACGUGGCUCGCGUCUACUUCCAACAAUUGAUCUCAGCCGUCGAUUUUUGCCAUAGCCGUGGAGUUUAUCACCGAGAUCUGAAACCGGAGAAUCUGUUGUUAGACGAAGAAGGGAAUCUCAAGGUGACUGAUUUCGGUCUCUCUGCUUUCACAGAGCAUUUGAAGCAAGACGGGCUUCUCCACACGACUUGUGGAACUCCGGCGUAUGUUGCGCCGGAGGUUAUACUGAAGAAAGGAUACGACGGAGCAAAGGCGGAUCUUUGGUCUUGUGGCGUUAUACUCUUUGUGCUUCUUGCUGGUUAUUUGCCUUUCCAAGAUGAUAAUCUUGUGAACAUGUAUAGGAAGAUUUACAGAGGAGAUUUCAAAUGUCCUGGAUGGCUUUCCUCUGACGCGAGAAGGCUCGUGACGAAGCUUCUUGAUCCGAAUCCGAACACAAGAAUCACCAUCGACAAGGUCAUGGAUUCGACCUGGUUCAAGAAAACCGCAACGAGAUCCAAAAAGGAACCAACUUCGGUAGCCACAGAAGGUGAGGCUGAUCAGGAUCUUGAUUUCUCCGUGCACAAGUCGAAAGAAGAGACGGAGACGCUAAACGCGUUUCAUAUCAUCGCGUUAUCUGAAGGGUUUGAUCUUUCGCCGUUGUUUGAGGAGAAGAAGAAAGAGGAGAAGAGAGAGAUGAGAUUCGCGACUUCUCGUCCGGCGAGCAGUGUGAUAUCGAGCCUUGAAGAAGCGGCGAAAGUUGGGAAUAAGUUCGAUGUGAGGAAGAGCGAGAGUAGAGUGAGGAUCGAAGGGAAACAGAAUGGCCGGAAAGGGAAAUUAGCGGUGGAGGCGGAGAUAUUCGCGGUGGCUCCGUCGUUUGUCGUCGUGGAGGUGAAGAAAGAUCAUGGAGAUACUCUCGAGUACAAUAACUUUUGCAGUACUGCUCUUAGACCAGCUCUCAAGGACAUUUUCUGGACUUCUACACCUGCUUGAUUUGUUUCAUUUCAUCAAUUUGAAUGGAUUCUUGUCUUUUUUUUUUUUUUUUAUUCCUGUCUGUAAUAUAUUGUUGGGUUCUAGAUUCGAUUCGUGUUUCUUGUUCUUGAUGGAUUCUUGAUGGGUAUCGCGGGAUCUUGGAAAAAAAGUUCCAGUCUUUUGCAUCUUUUGUGUGUCUUUUUGGGUCUUUGUUGCCGAUUUGUUGCGUCACGAGGCAGAGACAAGAGGGUGUUUGUGUGGUGUUGUAUUCGUGUGGUUAAGAAUGGUGUCUUAAAGAUUCCAUUAUCAAUAAAUGAUAUUUAUGAUGACUC